UCCACCACAACUGGUGUUAUUGGUGGGUACUGUGGGAGCAGAAAGUUGGACAAGACUUUUUCGGUUUUUCGGGACGAAAUGGCUUCACAGCCGUCCCAGAGACCUCGUCGAAAUGCUUCGCCUGCAUCGAGCUCCAAACUACAACCUAUGCGGGCUACUUUACCAUUUUCGCUGAUAUCUCCCACCAAUCCGAGUACUACUCGCGGAAAUGGACUACGAAGACCAAGUCCAUCUUCUUCGCCAGUUCAUGGGAAUGAAAAUGGCCUUAAACACCGAAGAAGUUCUCCUGAAACACGUGGGUCUCCUGAGCAUCGUCGUAGUCCUUCUUCUCCAUCUUCGAGCUCGAAAGGUGAGAGAAGUAAACUGUCAAAAACUAGUUCGAGCUCCAUAAGAAGAACGUCCUCUUUAGACGCCAUUUCACCUUACAUGAGUGGACAGUGGCCGAAAGACGUUGGAAAUUACGGUCCGAGUGUAUGCCACAAAUCAACUCAGACACCAGUUUGGGAGGAGGGGGAUAGUGAGGAUAAUUUAGGAACAAGAAACAAGAGAUCAAAUUCCCUGGGAAGUGGAGACCAGAAGAUUAAAGAGAAAUUGAAACAACAUCUCCAGCGUACAAAGCAAGGCAGUAAAUCAAGCCAUACAUAUGGCCGCCAGUCUCCACUUCAUGGUGAUCAUACAGCAAUUCCAGCAAGCCGGCUGCCUCAGUCAAUUCCUAUUUCAAUCCCUUUGGGUCCAAGACCAUCAGAAGGACCUCAGAAAAGAAGCUUGGAGGGCCUAAACUCUGAAAUUCAGAAAAUUGUGUUGAAAGAUGCUCCAAUAGAAAGGACAACAGAACAUGUUCCCGAUGGACGAAAAGCCCCUGUAUUUGAGGUGCUGUCUGGGGCUUCUUUUCGAACAGUAGACAAUCAGACUCAGACCCCCUUUAGUAAUCAAGAGGGGCACGAUAGCAGUGGCAGUGGUAACAGCAGUAGCAGAAGCCAUUCUGCUUCCCCAACCUACCCCAUUAUGGCAGGGGCAACUGAUUCAAGGCCCUCAUCAAGAUGUUCCUCAGGAGGUGCUGCUGAUGCUGAAGAAAAUGUUUCUCCUGAGCUGCCCACAGGGGGUCCUAAAUAUGCCUCCUCACCAAAGCCUAAUAAUUCUUACCUGUUUGCAAGGGAGCCUCCUGAUGGAGCAGAGAAAGUCCCAUUGCAUGUUGAAGACACCGACAAGAGUGCAUCACCCCAGAUUUAUGGCCCAGAUAAGUCAAAGGUGAAAGUUCUAACCAUCUCAAAAGGAUCAGCAUUUACUGCCUUUUCUUUACCUACCCUACCCUCCCUUCCCAAGAUGGCUGUCACCUCUCCAGUAUCUGGAAACCAACAGCUGCCACAAGUGGAGGCCUCACAGUGAUAAGAACUGCAAGGGACUUGAGCAAGCAACAAACUGUUCAGCCAUUAAACUUGACUAAUCUAAAAAAAAAAAAAAAAAAAAAAGAAAGAAAUAUUAACUAAAAUCACUAAUUUAUUGCCUUAUAAGCGUUAAAAAUGACUACAGGGUUCUUCUAAGGUUUCUACUCUGACUCCUGUGCAUAAACACAUUUAAUUAUUAACAUAUUUGCUUGAAUUGUUCUGACGUACCUGUUUUACAAAAAGUUGAUAUUUUGAGCAACUUGUUUGGUUUGAGGAAGCAGGUGGGGGUGGGUGUUUUGUGUUUCAAUAGAGAAGAACUUGUGGAAAAAUUUUGCUUGGAUGUGUUUAUUUUAUUUUAUUUUUUUUUAUUUUUCUCCACUGUAUGACAAUGGCUUGUCUACAUGGCUGGCGUUUCUUUUCCAGAGAUCAGUGUGUGUUCUCAGUUGUGUUGUAUGGUAGUGAAGUCUGUAAGGUCCAGUUUAUCGAGGCAUCUGAUGCUAAAGAUCUUUAAACAUUAUUUUGUCUCAAUUGAACCCUCUACCUCACUCAGUCUUGAUUUUGAUUCUUUGCAAUGUCUUUCACACAUUUCUUAUAAAUUGUAAUCUGAGAGUUUGGUUUUAGGUAUACAAUCUCCUAUUUUAUUUUUUUCUUACUUUUCAUCACCUGCCUGCUUGCAAAUGUAGAUACAGUGUAAGAAGGUAUUUUAUUUUAGUUAUUCUUGGGAGUGAAAGGAUAAAGGGAUGGUUUGAUAUUUUUGUUAGUUCAAAUGUUUUGGACCAGUCCUGACAAAAGUAUGAAAAAUAUUGGUCAAUAUUUAGGAGAGAAGGGUAUUCUUGUGAUGCAGCAUUUGACUUGGUGUUGAGACAAAAAUGUAAAUGAUGGCUCUGGUUUGAUUUUCUAAGCUUGAAUAUUUUUAAGAUUCCUCUUUAAAGUGUAUUUCUAACUUGUUGCCAUUGUUUACACAAGAGGUUUUUUCCAUAUACUUGUUUUGCAUGUUAAAGUUCUCUAGUUUCUCUUUUUUUUUUAACAAGUCCGAUGUAGUGCUGGUAUUUUGAAGCUUUCUUAAUCAAAUUUUAUAUGUAUAAAAAAAAAAAGGAGCAAUCACCCUUGCCACAGUAUUGUUAAGAGGUGUUUGAGCGUGUGAAGAUUGUAUAUUAUGGUUUUCAGUUAUCAUGUUGAAAAAGUGUAUUAUAUUGAUAGAUUUAAUAUUAAGUGUAACUUAAUGAAGACAAACCUUUCAGUGAUAACGCGUUGAACAGUUCAGGAGUUUUAUAUAAAAAGAAACCUAUACAGCAUUCAUUGACUUAAUUCUUAAUGUAUACUACAGUUCCUGAUGUAAAUAUUUUAUGGAUUGAAAUAACUAUAUGAUACUUGUAUAUUUUUACACUUAAAAAGAAUCAAAUCUGUUGUAGAUUUACUGGACAGUGAAGGCUGCUCCAGAGUUUGUGUACUGAGACCUGUUUUGUGCCUCUACUAACUGAUCUACAGGCUAGGUCAGUGUUACCAGUAACCAAAGGACAUAAUCUGCCUUUGAAUAACAUGGAACAAGAACUAAAAUUUUCUGUCAGGGAACAUUCUCAUAUUUAUUUUGUGGAAUUGUCAGUUUCUGUCGAGAGAUGUGUUGAGGUUGGUUUCCUUGGACUUUUUUAAACUAGCCCCAAGUUUUGGGUGUGAUUUCAACAUCUCUAAAAAAAAGUGAUAAUUAUAGUGAACAUUAUAUAAUUAUCAAUGUCUUCAUAUAUCUUAGAUGCUCUCUAUAUUUUAGGAGAGUACAGUUACUUGGACAUACAUUUUGCCAAACACGUGUAACUUAUUGUAUUCCUACUACCACAUACUCAGUACUAUUAAAAAUUUUAACAGAAAAGUCUGAGCAUUGUUUUAUACUUCUAGUCUCAAGUUUCUUAAUUCUCAUCCCUAUGGUCAAGAAUUAUAUUGCCAAGUUGAAAUGAAAUGAAAUGUCCCAUUAAUCUUCCUGUUGGCAAUGCCUGUUUUUCUGGACAAAUCUACAGA